GUAGGAGCCUCGUUAUCAUGGGAUGGGCUUUUAGCGUCGUAGCCAACCCCCAGUGAGUGUAUGGUGAGUCUCCUUGCAGCGGAAAACUGGAUCCUACGCGCGGGCCAGGGGGAAUUGUGCUUCAUUAAAAAUGCACCUGUUACUUAUUAAAAAUAGUUCUCAGACUCGGAACAAAUAGCCCAACGGCCCCCCACUGAAGAGCAGAGGUAGUUUUAGUUAUUGGAAGAAGCGAGAGGAAUGCUCAGGAAGGAAAACUCCCGGUCAUACCAAGAGUUCAAUGAUGAUGACGAUGAUGAAGGUGACGCACACUCUCCAGACUAUUUUGACGAUGUCACUGAACACCUGGACCCCAAGGAGCCGAACAACAGCGUCUCACAAGAGGAUGACAUCAGGGCAAGCAGUCCAUCGAUGAGAGUCAGCAAAGCCUGCCUGAAGAAUGUCUUCACGGUGGUGCUCAUCUUCAUCUACCUGCUGCUGACCGCGGUGGCUGUGUUCCUGGCCUACCAGACCAUCUCUGAGUUUCUGGAUAAGCUCAACCACCCUGUGAUGUCUGUCACAUACAAAGAGGUUGACUCGUUUUCACCCCCCGGUAUCGCUCUGUACCCUGGCAAAGCUCGGCUGUUGAGCUGUAGACAUCACUACCAUGACUACAUCCCACCUUUGGUGGACCCAGGCAAGCCUCAGAAAGGAGACUGUGUGAUUAAAGAAGUGACGUACUUUGGGCCAUUUGCCAAUGAAACAGAGAAAAGAGCUCUGGUGGUCCGCGGCCCAUCUGAUGUUAGAAACAAAGAGCUGAUCUUCAUGCAGUUCAGCCAUAACGAAACAGAAGAGGACUUCAGCGCUAUCACCUACAUGCUUUUUGCCAGGUUUAGUGACCUGACUGACAGUGCAAAUAUGUCUGAGUUUAUGAGUGACUGCGAGAGGAAUUACUCCAUGUGGACCUUCUCUGGAGGAUUCAGAACCUGGGUCAAGAUGUCUUUAGUGAGGACGUCGGGUAAAAGCAAUGAAGCUGUCGAGUUUCGGCAAGAGUCCGCUGUGGUGAAAUUCAAUGACAAAAGGCCUGAAUCUGAGAGAAGCAAUCAGCUCUUCUUUGCUGUCUUUGAAUGGCGGGAUCCUUUUCUGCAAGAAAUCAGACUGAUUGUGACUGCAAAUCCCUGGAGCUCUGUGGCCAUUCUCUGUGGCGUCUUCAUGGCUCUCUUCAAGGCCGCUAAUUUUGCCAAACUCAGCAUUCAGUGGAUCAUCAGGAUGCGCAAGAGGCAUCUGAGGAAUAAAGCAAAAGAACUGAACCAAAUAACCGAGAACUGAAGUGAUGGCACAGUCUGACAAUAAGUGAUUGAUUUAUUUUUACACGCUUUUGUUUUUUAAGGUAGCUACUUUUGUGAUCACUGGCAUGGAUAAUCAAUAGUAAGGGAUGUUUAUCCAUAACAUUGCAGACAUAUGUUCUAACUGCUAAUAUUACUGCCAGAUUAGUCAUUUCCUAAAAAUGAUCAGUUUGAUAAGGAUUCAGUGAAUUUUUAGCAGUCGUUGCAUUUAAAAAGAAGAAAUAUCUCAGAAAUAUUUUCUUAAACAUUCCUGGAAAGGCCGUUUUUGUACACACAAAAGAAAAUGUUGCUGAGACACUUCUAACAUUUGGUAUGGUUUGAGAGCUUUUUAAAGGAUGUUUAAACUUCUGGCAGUUUCAUGUGUAAAACUGAGAGAAUGUGAACUUUGGUCAAAAUUUUGCUGGAUUUCAGAUGAGUUCUUGUGUGUAUUAUGUUAUUCUAAAGGGAAAAUACUAUUUUACAUUUUUGUCCUGCUUUUUUCAAGAACAUUUUAUAUUCAUGUCACAAAGCAUUGAAAUUAUAUGAACUCUUAAGGGAUUACCAAGAACUACCUUUCCUCUAUCAGAGGGAUCUGCUGUUUAUUUUAAUAGUGUUUAGGCUAAAUCUGUCCUGGCUGUUUUACUACUGUUGUUUUUAUUUGAUUUUAACAUAAUGUAAAAAUGCAUCAGUGUUUUCAAUGUUGUUCAAACUUACUUGAAUUUGUGUCCUUAUCGUGCUGUUGGUCAAUAUUGUAACCCACAUCCUAUGAUUUUGGUAAAUAAAAAUAUAUUUUUAUGCCUGAA